AUACUUCUCUAUUUUCAUCAAAUACUUGUUCUUUGAUUUCCCAAAGACAACAAGAGAAUAUGGCAGCAGAGCUUUUUCUUACGUUUGCCAUGCAGGAGACUUUGACAAGGGUGAGUUCCAUAGCUACUGAAGGGAUCAGACUUGCUUGGGGAUUGAAGGGCCAGCUGCAAAGGCUCAACAAGUCUUUGACCAUGAUCCAAGCUGUGCUGCGGGACGCAGCCAAAAGGCCAGAAACAGACGAUUCGGUGAAGCUUUGGCUGGAGAGGCUACAAGAUCUAGCUUAUGAUGCUGAAGAUGUUCUAGACGAGUUUGCUUAUGAGAUUCUCCGCAAAGACCAAAAGAAGGGAAAGGUGCGUAACUGCUUUUCACUCCACAACCCUGUUGCAUUCCGUUUGAAUAUAGAUCAAAAAGUUAAGAAGAUCAAUGAAGCCCUGGAUGAAAUCCGGAAAGAUGCAGCCGGAUUUGGGCUUGGAUUGACAUCUCUACCUGUAGAUAGAGCUCAAGAAGUUAGCUGGGAUCCAGAUCGAGAGACAGAUUCGUUCCUUGACAGCUCAGAAGUUGUAGGAAGGGAGGAUGAUGUCUCUAAAGUUAUGGAAUUGCUGACUAGCUUGACCAAACACCAACAUGUCCUUUCCGUUGUCCCUAUUACGGGGAUGGCUGGCCUUGGAAAGACUACUGUAGCAAAAAAAGUUUGUGAAGUAGUGAGGGAGAGAAAGCACUUUGAUUUAACAAUUUGGGUUUGUGUUUCUAAUGAUUUUAAUAAAGUGAAGAUUUUAGGAGCAAUGUUACAAAUGAUUGACAAAACUACGGGUGGGUUGAACAGUCUUGAUGCAAUUCUUCAAAACCUUAAGAAAGAGCUGGAAAAGAAGACAUUUUUUCUUGUUCUUGAUGACGUGUGGAAUGAAGACCGUGGUAAGUGGGAUGAUUUGAAGGAGCAACUGUUAAAAAUUAACAGCAAGAAUGGGAAUGCUGUUGUUGCAACAACCCGCAGUAAGAAAGUAGCAGACAUGAUGGAGACUUCUCCUGGGAUUCAGCACGAGCCAGGAAAACUAACAGAUGAUGAAUGUUGGUCCAUUAUCAAGCAAAAGGUGAGCAGUGGUGGGGGAGCAACAAUAGCUUCAGACUUGGAGUCUACUGGGAAAGAGAUUGCAAAGAAAUGUGGAGGGAUUCCAUUACUUGCUAAUGUUCUGGGAGGAACUCUUCACGGAAAGCAGGCACAGGAGUGGAAGUCAAUUCUAAACAGUGGAAUUUGGGAUUCUCAGGAUGGAAAUAAAGCUUUGCGCAUAUUGAGACUCAGUUUUGAUCACCUGUCAUCGCCAUCACUGAAAAAAUGUUUUGCAUACUGUUCUAUUUUUCCUAAAGAUUUAAAAAUUGAAAGGGAAGAGCUAAUUCAACUUUGGAUGGCUGAAGGUUUUCUCAGGCCAUCAAAUGCGAGGAUGGAAGAUGAAGGCAACAAAUAUUUCAAUGACUUGCUUGCAAAUUCCUUUUUCCAAGAUGUUGAAAGGAAUGAGUAUGAGAUCGUAACAAGUUGCAAGAUGCAUGAUCUUGUGCAUGAUCUUGCAUUACAGGUCUCAAAAUCAGAAGCGUUAAAUCUGGAGGAGGAUUCGGCUGUUGAUGGUGCAUCUCAUAUUCGUCAUCUAAAUCUCAUAUCUCGUGGGGAUGUUGAGGCAGCAUUUCCAGCGGUUGAUGCUAGAAAAUUGCGAACUGUUUUCUCAAUGGUUGAUGUAUUCAAUGGGUCUUGGAAAUUCAAAAGCUUGAGAACUCUCAAAUUGCAACGGUCUCAUAUCACAGAGUUACCCGAUUCAAUUUGGAAGCUGAGACAUUUGAGAUAUCUUGAUGUCUCACGUACCAGUAUCAGAGCAUUGCCGGAAUCCAUCACCAAGCUCUACCAUUUGGAAACAUUAAGAUUCACUGAUUGCAAGUCUCUAGAAAAGCUUCCCAAGAAAAUGAGGAAUUUAGUCAGCUUGAGACAUCUUCAUUUUGAUGAUCCAAAGCUAGUGCCAGCUGAGGUGAGACUCUUAGCACGCCUUCAAACUCUGCCUUUUUUUGUUGUGGGUCAAAAUCAUAUGGUUGGAGAGCUGGGAUGUUUGAAUGAACUAAGAGGAGAAUUGCAGAUAUGCAAGCUUGAGCAAGUGAGAGACAGAGAAGAAGCUGAGAAGGCAAAACUGCGUGGAAAAAGAAUGAACAAAUUGGUGCUUAAAUGGAGCCUUGAAGGUAACAGCAAUGUUAACAACGAGUAUGUGCUAGAAGGCCUGCAGCCUCACCUAGACAUAAGAAGCUUGACAAUUGAGGGUUACGGAGGUGAAUAUUUCUCAUCAUGGAUGUCUACAUUGCAACUCAAUAAUAUGACGGAGCUGAGAUUAAAAGAUUGCAGCAAGAGCAGACAACUCCCAACACUUGGAUGUCUUCCUCGCCUUAAGAUUCUAGAGAUGAGUGGAAUGCCUAAUGUGAAAUGUAUAGGCAAUGAGUUCUAUAGCAGCAGUGGCAGCGCAGCAGUACUGUUUCCAGCACUAGAAAAACUCACUCUAUCCAGGAUUGAUGGUCUUGAAGAAUGGAUGGUACCAGGCGGAGAAGGUUAUCAAGUAUUUCCUCGUCUUGAAAAGUUGAGUAUUCGGCAGUGUGGCAAGUUGAGGCAACUCCCAACACUUGGAUGUCUUCCUCGCCUUAAGAUCCUAGAGAUGAGUGGAAUGCCUAAUGUGAAAUGUAUAGGCAAUGAGUUCUAUAGCAGCAGUGGCAGCGCAGCAGUACUGUUUCAAGCACUAGAAAAACUCACUCUAUCCAGGAUGGAUGGUCUUGAAGAAUGGAUGGUACCAGGUGGAGAAGGUUAUCAAGUAUUUCCUUGUCUUGAAAAGUUGAGUAUUCGGCAGUGUGGCAAGUUGAGGCAACUCCCAACACUUGGAUGUCUUCCUCGCCUUAAGAUUCUAGAGAUACGUGGAAUGCCUAAUGUGAAAUGUAUAGGCAAGGAGUUCUAUAGUAGCAGCAGUGGCAGUGUAGCAGUGCUGUUUCCAGCACUAAAAGAACUCACUUUGGGGGGUAUGGAUGGUUUUGAAGAAUGGAUGGUACCAGGUGGAGAAGGUGAUCGAGUAUUUCCUUGUCUUGAAGAGUUGAGCAUUGAGAUGUGUGGCAAGUUGAAAAGCAUUCCGAUUUGUGGUCGUUCAUCUCUUGUACGAUUUGAAAUUAGCAAAUGUGAUGAACUGAGAUAUUUGUCUGGUGAAUUUCAUGGCUUCACGUCUCUUCAGUUUUUGAGGAUACUGCGUUGUUCAAAGCUGGCAUCCAUUCCAAGCGUACAACACUGCACAGCUCUGGUGGGAUUGGAUAUAUGGAGGUGCCGUGAGUUGAUCUCAAUUCCUGGUGAUUUCCGAGACUUGAAAUAUUCUUUGAAGGAAUUGAUGGUUGAUGGGUGUAAAUUGGGAGCUCUUCCAAGCGGACUACAAUGUUGCGCAUCUCUAGAGCAUUUGUACAUAAUUAAUUGGAGUGAGCUUAUCCAUAUCAAUGAUUUGCAAGAAUUGUCUUCGCUUCAAUAUUUAAUCAUUAAAUCAUGUGAUAAGCUCAUCAGUAUUGAUUGGCAAGGUUUACGACAAUUGCCUUCUCUUGUUGAAUUACAAAUCAUCGCGUGUCCCAGUUUGAGUGAUAUCCCAGAGGAGGAUUGGUUAGGCGGCCUCACGCAACUGGAGUUUUUGAGCAUCGGUGGUUUCUCAGAGGAGAUGGAGGCUUUUCCUGCAGGAGUUUUAAACUCAAUCCAACACCUCAACUUGAGUGGGUCCCUUAAAAGACUAGAGAUACAUGGAUGGGAUAAACUGAAGAGUGUACCACACCAACUUCAACACCUCACUGCCCUCGAGGAAUUGGAAAUAUUUAAUUUCAAUGGAGAGGAGUUUGAGGAAGCAUUGCCAGAAUGGUUGGCCAACCUUUCUUCUCUUCAAUCUCUUAGGAUUUAUAAUUGCAAGAAUCUCAAGUAUCUGCCAAGUUCAACAGCCAUUCAACGCCUCUCCAAAUUAAAGCAAUUGCGGAUUUAUCUAUGUCCGCAUCUCUCAGAAAAUUGUAGAGAGGAGAAUGGCUCUGAGUGGCCCAAGAUUUCUCAUAUCCCAACAAUCAAUAUAAGAUAGAGGGUACACGUGUACAGUCAUUCCUGGAAUGGUGCACUGUAAUGAUUGUCCAUGAAAAGCGCUUCAAUUUGGCAAGUUGUUCAGAUUAUAAUUUGUGUCGGGGGAAGUGCUGAUUGAGCAUCCUAUUCAUCUGGGAUUGGUUUCCUAGGGCCUGGCCAUUCCAUCUUCUCUGUGGGUUGGUGGCUAGGUAGCUAGGUAUGGUCUUCGUACAGCCAGGUUUGGUAACUGUGUUUUUUUUUUCUUUUCCCUUUCCCACCUAUUUACUAGGAUGGGGAGAUUGUUGAGUUGGGUCUAUUGUGAACUGAGUUGUAAUAUUGCUUUCAGAGCAGCUUAUGUUUUCUCAAAUGCACAUUCAUCUUCCAUGUAUCUUACUCAAUCCGGUUCUCCCUGUUUUCCAGCAGGCUCCAUCCUUCCAUUGCACUUUAAAAAAAGAGAACUUGCCAUAUAAUAGCUUGUUUUGCUAGGAAAUAGAAAGUGGUUUCACUUCUGGAGAUUCUUGUCUUUGUAGCUUCUGACAAGGCUGAGGUGUAUGCGUUGUGGCAUUAAAUAUGAGAAGAAAGUGACCAUUUGUACACGAAGGGGUCGCAUCACAUGCUGAUGCUGAAGAUUUUGGUCUCCGUUGAUGUGUUUACUAAUUUCUAGCAAAUCUUGACUUGGAGUCAGUCGGAGUCAUGUAUGGACCACCUCUCUUGGUUCCCUCUCCCUCAGUCUCUCUAGUUGUCUACAGUUAUAUGAUUGCUGACUUUUCUUUAGUAUAGUGUUGUUUUCUUUUCUUUUGUUCUACUCUUCUUUCCUCUUCCCUUACCUUUGUUUUCUAAUUUUUAUUGUCGAAUGUCUAUCACUUGCCUUAUUGUUUUGUUGUCGACUCUGCUAGGAUCUGACAGUACAUCUCACUUUUUUUCUUUCGCUUAUACAUGCUCUUAGCUUCUCAUAGUUGUUACUUUAAGUACCCCUCCCCCACCUUUACUCAAUCCUUAUCCAUCUUUCUUUUAAGUUUGCUUCUAUGUAGUUGUUAUGCUCCCAGCCUCCAUUUUUACCUCGGAAGCAGUUCCUUUUGUGUUUUUUUUGCUGCCGCAGUUGUUUUCUCUUAUACAUUGUGCAUGCACUCUUUUACCCUUUUUGUUUUUUAUCCAACAUUUCGUUUCAUUUUGCUGGCUCAGCGUCCUAUUCAUCACUAGAUUUAUGACUUUGCAAGGUGUUGUUUAUGUUGGUGUUCUGUUAGCGAUCUCGGGCCCUAUUAUCAGGUUUUUUAAGAGGCCUUUAUUCUUCUCUUUUUCAUUUUUUUUUUGUUAUUUUCCUUGAAUUUUCCAGCCUGUUGUGCAGCACAUGUGCUUUUGUUGUGAUCUUUGUUUAUGUAAAUUUGAUAAGGCAUAUGACAAAAAUCCUGGUUAAUUGAUUCUUUCUUUUGAGGUGAAAGAUAUUGGAAAACCAAACCUGAGAAAUUCAGUCGUGCAUGAAUCGAAUGAGCCUCUAUUAGAAAAUCUUGAGAGAGCAUAUAUACAAUUAGACAUUGAUGAAGAAGCAAUAACCUAAAAUUUAAAAAUCAUGGGAUCUUUUUUGAAGGGAACAUGGAGCAGAAGAAGAAACUUACUUUGCAGUUGCAAACAGCUCUAGCUUUGAAAAUACUGUUGUCCUAUGGUUUGAUUUGGUUGUUAAAUACAUGCUGGGAGAUUGAAAUGCAAUUUUGGAGUGAUUGCGUUCCCCUUUAUAAGCCAAAGAUCCUCCAGACUCCUUUCUACAUAUGUUCUUGCGGGGCAUCCCCUCCUGCUGCUGCAUUUAGUCUCCUUAGAAACCAAAGAAUUUAUAUUAAUGGGAUGCCAAGGCUUAAACACUUGAACAAGUUCUCCCAUUCUUUGAAGCUCAAACUCUCACCUUCUAACUCAAGUUUUCGCAGACCCCAUGUUAAGGUAUGUUUUUACAGGUGAGUUUUUCUUUUACGAAAAUGGCAAUGCUUUUGACUGCCUUUUCUUACCUAGGCAUUAGGCACUAGCUAUUGAACUAGAAAUUUAAGAGCCGUUGAUGUAUUUUCUUUGCUGGAAUGCCUCUUGUGCGAUAGGGAUGUGUCCGCAGGAAAUGUGGGAGAAGAUUGAUAAGGGUGGUUGGUGGGUUCGAUCCAUGCCACCUUUUGACCAUAAGUAUCCCAUCCAUGU